AAAAUAUAUCUUAAUAUUGAUAAUGAUAAAAAUGACGAUGGAACACAAGUUUUCUCAUCCAUACAAGAUACAAUCGAGUGGAUAAUUGACUAUAAACAAAAUGAUAAUAAAGAAAUUAUUGUAAUGGCUACGGGUAGUUUACAUCUUAUAGAUGUUAAAGCAUUUGAUAAAAAAGAAGCAGAUGAUAAAUUGCAGGAUUUAAAAGACACAAAACGAGAUCAACUAUUGGCUGAUUCAAUUCGUGAGGCCUUUGAUCCUUCAUCAUUGGAUGACGAAGAGGAAGAUGAACUUCCAAAAAAGAAAUCUAAAAACAUCACUAAUAGUCGAAAACCCAAAGGAAAAGGCACUUCUUCUACUCCUGCCAAAUCUUCUAAAGCAAAAGUUAAUAAUAAUAAGAAAGUAACUCCAACUAAAUCGAAUAAAACUGCAUCAAAAGUAAAGGAUAGUGGAGGAAAGAAGAAAAAUGUUGCUAAUGGUAGUAAAUCAAGCACUGCUAUCAAAAAAGGUAACGAAGAAACUCAAGAAACUGGUACUCGUAGUCGAGCUAAACGUGGUAAUAAAGUAACUGCAGGUGAAAACAAAGAUGGUAAGGUUAAUGGCACCGAUAAGAAGACAAAUAAGCGAUCACGGGCUGAUAUAACUGAAGAUACUGCAGAAGAUGCUACUGGUAAUGAUGACGGAGACAAGAAGUCAACAGAAUCAAUAAUCAUAGCUAACGGAGAACAAUCCGUUAAUGAUAAUGAUACUGAUAAAAAUGGCGAAGGCAAUGAUUCUGGCGAAGAGAAGGAAGAAGUCGAGGAAAACGGAGUAGAAAAAGAUGUCACAGCAGAAGGUUCAAAUACUCAAAAAAAUGAAUCUUCAUAA